AUGGAGCGGCAGAUGGCACAGCUGAAGGCAAAGCUUGGUGAAUCUGUGGAGUUCUCGCAUCUGGACGGGCCCAUCUCUGGCAUGCUUGCAGCGGAUGACGACGUUGAGCAGGAGUGCUUGCCUCCAUAUUACCAAUGGUGGGAGCCUUUGGAUGGCCUGGCUGGACAGCUCGAAGCCGUGCGACAUGUUGCAGAAUACAUCCGUGCGAAGGGGCCGUUCGAUGCUUUGCUGGGCUUCUCAGAGGGAGCGGCCUGCGCCACCGCGUUCCUUGCAGCCGUGCAUGGCGCGGGCCGAGGCGGUGCUGAGGUCCGCCAGCAGUUGAAGGCCGAGCUGGCAGAUGUGACGCCGCCACGGCUUGUGAUUUCUAUUUGCGGCAUUCCGCCCGAUGACUUCCGACCGGGCUGCUUCUGCUUCGGUCGUGGAAGUAGCAAGGUGUGCGAAGUGCCAGUUCCGUCGAUCCAUGUCAUCGGAGAGAACGACAGCGACCGGCGUGGCAGUGAGGAGUUAGCUCAGGAGUGGUAUGGUGUGACCAGUACGUUGUCAACAUCUAGCAAGAAAAACACGAGCAAGAUGCUUCGUCAUCCUCACGGCCACAGAUUUCCGCUUGACUGCCGACAGCUGGCUGAUGCUAUUCAAGAGAUGGUCUGCAAGGUGCUGAAAAGCAUGCCAAACUCGCCAAUUGUCCAGCAGUCUUACGCGCAUGCCAUGUACAGCGGGGGCAGGAAAGUUCUUGCCGCCCUGCGUCGAGAGAAGCGUUGGUUGGAUGCACUCCAAAUCCUUGAAGAAGCAAAGGCAUGCUCUGCUCAACCGGAUACGGUUUGUUACAACAUAGUGCUUUCCAUUUUCAGAGACUUUCGAUGGUGGGCACAAGCCCUUGUCACUUUGGGACACAUGGAGCAAGCUGGACCCCAGGCAAGCGUUGUCUCUUACAGUACAGUUGUCAGCGCCUGUGAAAGCUCGACGUGCUGGCAGGUGGCGGUUUCUCUGUUACAAAAGACCUGGGACCGAGGUCUAGCAGCUGACAUCAUACUGCUUUGUGCCGCAGCAAGCGCGUGUGGCAAGGCCUUACGUUGGGACCUUGCCUUGCAUUUGUCCAAUUUAUCCAUGGCUGAGUCAAUGGGCGAGACCGGUGUCGCCCAGAACGCUUUGCCCGCUGUCAAUGCUGCAAUGAGCGCAUUUGGCGGGCUUUGGGAGAAGGCAGUGGAGCUUUUUGCGGGACUUCAAUGCUCAGGCAUGCGACCUGACACCGUGUCCUAUGGUGCCGCUAUGCAAAAUUGCGAUUGUGCUUCGCAGUGGGUGCAGGCCAAUGCGAUCCUGGCCCAGGCAGUCGGAUCCAUUCAGCCAAGUGUCGUUGUCUUUGGGCUGGCAGCAAGCUGCUUUGCGAAGGGGAAAGUCUGGCAGCAGGCGCUGGAGAUGCUGAUCUGGUCGUGUUCCUCUGGUUUGAGAGAAGAGGCGCCGCUUUGCGGGGCUGUCUUGUCUUCAUGUGAAAAAGUCGCUGCAUGGAGAAGGGCCAUCAAUCUGCUGCACGAGCAAGCCGGUCAGAGACAUCCACGUCCCAAUGUGUUGAUGUACAGCUCGGCCAUCUCUGCCUGCGAGAAGGCCCAUCAAUGGCACAUGGCCCUUUGGAUUUUGUCACAGAUGUGGGCAGAGGGACCUCGCCCUGACGUUGUGGCUCUGAACGCAGGCCUUGCUGCCUGUGAGAAGAGCGGAAGAUGGGAGCAGGCUUUUUUGCUGUGCGAGACAGGCAUGGCCCAGCGCCUAAGCUUGAACACCAUCAGCUACAACUCGCUCUUCAGCGCUCUCGCUGUCGGCCAGAGUUGGCAGCAUGCACGGGAGCUGCAUCUUCUCGAUGAGAUGAAGGCUGCAACGGUGGUACCUGACACUAUAACAUACAAUUCCCUCAUCGCAGGCUGCACUCGCCGGAAAGACUGGGAGCUGAUGCUGACAUUGUUCUUGGAGAUGCGAUCAUCUGAACUGCAGCCAGAUUCAUUCAGCUACGGCUCAGCCUUGUCCGUAUGUGACCAGGCAGAGAACUGGCAACUAGCGAUGUUGCUGCUCAAGUUGAUGCAGAUCGAUUUGGUCCAGAGCAACGUGCUGAUUUACAACUCUGCGCUUGGUGCUUGCGACGCUCCGCUGAUGGUGGCGAAGGCAGGGAAAUGGAGAUUGUCGCUUCACCUCCUAUCACAGGUAUGUGCGCAGGAACAUCCAGACCAGACUUCUUUCAACAGCGUUCUGAGGGCUUGCUUGAACUCCUUGAGCUCUCCGCGUGAAACGUGGCGAGUUUGCCUCUCCGUGCUCGCCAAGAUGUCUGAGCAGCUCCUUGAUCCGGACCCCAAAUCCUUCAGCGCCCUCUGCGAGGCAGCAGAGAAGGUGCCAGAGGUGAGACAUCUACCAGAGUUCCUUGCAGCCUGCAGCACAGAAGCUGUGACGAUUGUUCUGCGAGCCGUGUGA